UUAAUUUUAUCAUGGAGAAUGAUGGAAAAAAGUUAAAAGAGAACAAUAUUAGAGAGUGGGAAACGCUUCCGGCAAACGUAUUAGAUAUUAUAUUAGAAAAUUUAAUCUCGUUAUUCGACUACAUACGAUUUGGAGUUGUAUGCAAACCAUGGCUAUUUGUGGCUGAACAUCACAAGCAAAUCCGAAUCAACAAUUAUUGCUUCAGUAAACAUCUCCCGCUGCUUCUUGUUCCUGCCGAAGAUGGCAGAGAACAAUGGCGUAGCCUAUACAACGCGGCUACAAGAAAGGUAUACGACUUUAAGUUGCACGUUCCAAUAAAUAAACGAUGUUGUGGUUCUUCACACGGCUGGCUUUUUUUCGUAGAAAAGGAUCGGUCGAUCACAUUAUUUAAUCCUUUCACACAAGCUUUUAUUCAUCUCCCUACGUUUGAUCGUCAAUUCAAAGAAUUGCAUGCCAAGUAUAAGUUGAACAUGAAAAUACGCCCAUUUGACGUCUUUAAGUUAAUAUUAUCCGUCGACCCUACUUUACAUCCUAAUGAUUUUACGGUUGUGAUUAUAAAUAGCUCAAAGUUGCAAAUAGAGUAUUUUAAAUUUAAGGAUCAACGGUGGGAAAAAAUAGUAUAUGGACAUGGAGCGUAUUGCGUGGAUAUAAUAUGUUAUAAAAAAUUGAUUUAUGCUGUUAAUUUUUUAAGAAAGUCAUUUACAUACUCUACGGAAGUUGUAUGUUUUAGUGGCGACUCUCCUCAGUUUAAGGUUGUUUUACCGGCCGAUAAAUUUCAAACAGUCAGAAAAGGAUUAGAAUCUUUUGAAUUACAAAAUUAUUUAGUUGAAUCAUCCCAAGGAAGUUUGAUGAUAAUUCAAAGAUUUAAGAAAAAUGACGACGAAAUUGAAUGUACAUUUCAAACAACAAAUUUCAAGGUUUUUAAGCUCGUACAAUUAGUAGAUGAUGAAUUGGAAGUAGUAGAGGUAAAAUCGUUGGAUGGCGAUGCAAUGUUUCUGGGGGACAACCAUUCAACAUCUAUAUUAGCCUCUGAAUAUUCAGGAUGCGAGCCAAAUUAUAUUUAUUUUACAGAACAUCAUAGUGAUAUUUCAUAUUCGGAUUAUUAUGAAUGCGGAUUCCGUGGUAUUGGCACUUUCAGUGUGAGCGAUGGAAGUUUUGGCUCGCAUCACGUUCCUAACAUUGCUCAUAAAUAUUUGCUGCAGCCGAUUUGGAUUCAUCCCAAACUUAUGUGAAGACUCAUUCGAUGUCUUGGUUUUUUUUCUUUUGAUUCUUAUUUUAUCUUUUCAAGUGAUGUUCUGUUUUAAUAAUCAUUUGGAACUGGA